CCCUCGGGGCCAGACACCUGUUCAGCCGGGCCCGGCGCGGUCGCCGGGGGCCAGAAUGAAAGUGACGGUGUGCUUCGGCAGGACGGGCAUAGUGGUGCCCUGCAAGGAGGGCCAGCUGCGCGUCGGCGAGCUCACUCAGCAGGCGCUGCAGCGGUACCUGAAGACCCGGGAGAAGGAUCCUGGAUACUGGGUGAAGAUUCAUCACUUGGAAUACACAGAUGGAGGAAUCCUGGAUCCAGAUGAUGUCUUGGCAGAUGUGGUUGAAGACAAAGAUAAGUUGAUUGCUGUGUUUGACGAACAAGAACCACUCCACAAGAUCGAGAGCCCCACUGGAAGCCAGGCAGAUCCACAGAGCCCUGAUGCUUUUGAGACAGAAGUGGCUGCCCAGCUGGCUGCAUUCAGAGCAAUUGGUGGGGAAAUUGAAGUCACCCCUUCUGCCUUGAGAUUGGGCACUCCACUACUGGUGAGGAGGAGCAGUGACCCAGCACUGGGGCCACCUGCUGAUACCCAGCCAAGGGCUUCACACCCUGGUGGCCAGGGUCUGAAACCAGUUGUUGUGGAUUCCAUGCAGAGCUUGGAAGAUGGAGAAACUAUGAAUGGUGUGCAGACAGAAGGGCCUAUAUCCCCGAAAACUAAGGAUACAUCAAGUGAUAUGACCAGAACAGUGGAGAUUUCGGGAGAAGGCGGACCCUUGGGAAUACAUGUAGUGCCAUUCUUUUCAUCUCUGAGUGGCAGGAUUCUAGGGCUGUUCAUCCGAGGCAUUGAAGACAACAGCAGGUCCAAGCGGGAAGAACUGUUUCACGAAAAUGAGUGCAUAGUCAAAAUCAACAACGUGGAUCUCGUGGACAAAACUUUCUCUCAAGCUCAAGAUGUCUUCCGGAAAGCAAUGAGAGCCCCAAGUGUGCUCCUCCAUGUGCUUCCACCUCAAAACCGUGAGCAAUACGAAAAAUCAGUCAUCAGAACGCUUAAUAUUUUUGGUAGCAACGAUGGUGUUUUGAGAACAAAGGUACCUCCUGUCCACAACAAAUCGGGAGUAAAUACAACGAAUCCCACCGGAACAAGCAGCACUGAGGCAGAUACAACAACUUCCCCACAGCAAAGCAAGAGCCCUCAAAUGCCCAGACUAGGAAGAAAGCCAUCCUCUCCCUCUCUCAUCCCUCUCAUGGGGUUUGGAAGCAAAAAAAAUGCAAAGAAAAUUAAGAUUGACCUAAAGAAAGGCCCUGAAGGACUUGGUUUCACUGUGGUUACCAGAGACUCUUCCAUACAUGGCCCUGGUCCCAUUUUUGUAAAAAAUAUUUUGCCAAAAGGAGCAGCAAUAAAAGAUGGCCGCCUACAAUCAGGGGAUAGAAUUUUGGAGGUAAAUGGCAGAGAUGUCACUGGACGAACUCAGGAAGAGCUUGUGGCCAUGCUGAGGAGCACCAAGCAGGGAGAGACAGCAUCGCUGGUCAUUGCCCGGCAAGAGGGGAAUUUUCUGCCCCGAGAACUGAAAGGAGAAGCCGACUGCUAUGCGCCAUCUCUGGAGACAACCGAACAACUCACCUUUGAGAUUCCCCUGAAUGACUCAGGCUCUGCAGGCCUUGGGGUGAGCUUGAAAGGCAACAAAUCCAGAGAAACUGGAACAGACUUGGGGAUUUUUAUCAAAUCUGUCAUCCAUGGAGGUGCUGCCUUUAAGGAUGGUCGGUUGAGAAUGAAUGACCAGCUGAUUGCAGUUAAUGGGGAAUCUCUUUUGGGAAAGUCUAACCACGAGGCUAUGGAAACACUUAGACGCUCCAUGUCCAUGGAAGGAAACAUCCGAGGAAUGAUCCAGUUGGUGAUCCUUAGGAGGCCGGAGAGACCCCCAGAGGAGCCUGCAGAGUGUGGGGCAUUCUCCAAACCAGGCCUUGAGAACUGUCAAAAUGCUGUGAUGACCACCUUGAGGCGAAAUGACAGCAGUCCACUGCAACCAUUUAGCACAUACAGUCCGCGAGACAGACAAAGAGACCUCUUGCUGCCCCGUGAUGGAUGGGCCGGGAGUGAAGUACCACCUUCUCCACCACCGCAUCCUGGUCUGGAAUUGGGCCUUGAAGAUUCCAGCCACAGCGGUGGGGUGUAUUCAUCAAUAUAUGUUCCAGACCACAACAUCAACUUCCGAUCUGUGACACCAGCGCAGCAGGCUGAAUCAAUUAAUCUGAAAGUCUCCAAGAGCAUGGACCUUGUGCCAGAUGAAAGCAAAGUUCAUUCAUUGGCUGGACACAAAUCGGAAUCUCCGUGCAAUGAUUUUGGUCCAACUCUGGGUUUGAAAAAGUCCAGUUCCUUGGAGAGCCUUCAGACAGCUGUGGCAGAGGUCAGGAAGAACGAACUUCCGUUCCACCGGCCCCGACCCCACAUGGUCCGAGGCCGAGGCUGCAACGAGAGCUUCAGGGCAGCCAUCGACAAGUCCUACGAUGGACCCGAGGAGUUGGAAGCUGAUGGUCAGUCUGAUAAGAGCUCUCACUCUGGCCAGGGAAUUCCGAAUGGUGAGUCCGCUCCUCAGGCAAACUCAGAGCUGGAGGACAUGGACAAUAAAGCCAGGAAAGGCAAGAAAACAAAAGAGAAGGAGAAGAAGAAGGACAAGGGCAAGUUGAAAGUCAAGGAGAAAAAGCGGAAAGAAGAAAAUGAAGACCCGGAGAGGAAAAUAAAGAGGAAAGGAUUUGGCGCCAUGCUGAGAUUUGGGAAAAAGAAAGACGAUAAGGGAGAGAAGGCUGUGCAAAAAGGAACUCUGAAGCUUGGCGGCCUGAAAGAGGAGGAGCUGGAGAAAAUGAAAGAAGAGCAGGACCGGAUUGGAGCAAAACAUCAGGAGCUAAGGGAGAAACAGACAAGAGGACUUAUUGAUUAUGCUACCACUGCAAUGGGAUCAGUGCAUGAUAUGGAUGAUGAUGAAAUGGACCCCAAUUAUGCCAGAGUGAACCACUUCCGGGAGCCAUGUGCAUCAGCAAAUGUCUUUAGAUCUCCAUCUCCUCCUCGGGCUGCUCCACUUGGUUACCCUCGGGAUGGCCGUCCACUGUCUCCAGAGAGAGACCACUUAGAGGGUCUGUAUGCCAAGGUCAACAAGCCAUACCAUCCACCGGCUCCAGUUGACAGUGGCCGUCCCGUGACUGGAAACACUGAUCGCAUCCAGAAGUUGCGGAAGGAGUAUUAUCAGGCUCGAAGGGAAGGUUUCCCUUUGUAUGAAGAUGGUGAUGGAAGAGCAAGACCAUCUGAUUAUGACCUUCACUGGGUGUCGGGAAAGAGUCCAGAGGGGAACACCCAUAGUCUUCGUUUCGAGGGGAUAGAGAGACAGUAUGCAUCCUUACCCAGGGGAGGACCGGCAGACUCUGUAGACUACCUGACAGCGGCACCUCGAGGGCUCUACAAGGAAAGGGAGCUUCCAUAUUACCCGGGAGCUCAUCCUAUGCAUCCCCCCAAAGGGAGCUACCCCUGUGUCCCGGAUCUGAGGGUGGCAGAUCUCCGGUAUCCUCAGUACUACCCACCCCCACCAGCACCCCAGCACAAAGGACCCUUCCGACAAGAUGUUCCACCUUCCCCUCCCCAGCACCAAAGAGUGCCAGGCUAUCCGGAAAUGGGCAGACCAGUGCCCCGAGGGGGCAGUCCAGACCACUACCCCUACCGAACCCAGGACCCUCGACAGAAGAACCCCAUGACUGCAGCCGUAUAGCUGAACACCACCAAGAUUAGCCCAGUCCUGAAGGGAGGACAUCGAACAGGAACCAUGCCCUUCCUCGACCUUAGGACCUUCUUCCUGUUAAGAAUUCUCAAUGGUACUGAUCGGCUUUUUCUCACAUGGGUUGCAACACUCAACUAAUAAUCAGCGGGGAAAGCAUUGGAAAGAAAUGCUGGGGCAGGGUGGAAUCAGAGGAAAGCUGGGUCAUAAAAAUAAUACUCCUGGUAUUUUUUAUGCUUUUUUUUUUUAAUUCAAUGAGCGUAGCACCAAGAAGCAACCCACAGUGGAGAUGUAC